AUGUCUUACCUACAACAAUUCAAUAUUGUGAUAAAGUACAAGAAAGGAACAACUAAUAAGUUGGCAGAUAUGUUAUCUAGACCACCUACACUAGUUAGUUCCGCAUUGCUGGUUGCUAUGCAAAUCCAACUCAUUGUUCCUUCUGAAUAUGCUAAAGGGUAUGACACAGAUACUGGUUUCAACUUAGCCUAUGCCAAGCUACAACAAGGAAAGACUAGUGAGUUCCAAUUGAAGGAUGGACCAAUGUACAAAGGAACAUAA